AAAAUUCGUCGGUCGGAGUAAAUAAAAAAGUGUAACUGGCCAGUGCACGACAAAGCUCCUGCUGGAACGAUUUGAGAUAAAAUAUAACAGUUGGCUGGAGAUAGUGCUCGAGUUCAAACGUACAUAUACUCUUCAAAUUUCUUUUUUUUUUAAUCCAUAAGUGUAAAAUUGCAGCUAUGGCGUUAACAAAGCGUCCUGGUGAAUGUGAUCCAAACACCGCGAAUAAGAAAUCCAGUGAUAUCGUUUAUGGAUUUAAUUUAAAUAGAAUAUUUGAAGCAACCGUCUGGAUAUAAUGUUUAUGUAUUGUACUUGUUGCAUUUUAUCGACACUACAAGAUAGAAUGAUUAACACUACGAAUAUAAUAAGAAAUCUGCAGAGGCGUGAACAUUUCGUAAUUAACCGGGACGUUCGUGUUCAACGUGCUUGAGACUUCUUGCUUAUUUAAGGAAUUUAUUCUUAACUAAUUUACGUUAACAUAUAUUGAUUACACCUAAAUUUAACAAAAGAACCAUGAUUGAAAAAAAUAAUUUCAAGUCAUACCAUUUAUUUCGGGGUGAUCAGUACCUAUCUAAUAUGAUAGAGCCAAAAAAAAACAGAGCACCGAUUAUUCUAUUCAACUCUCCACACAUGGCAACUUAUUACUAUUUCAAUGAAUCAACGCCUCUUUCGUCACAAACAUUCUUCCCAAAAGAAAGCUCAGAAAACUAUAAUACUACUGGUAUCAACACGAGUACUUCCUACACGGUUCAUAUGAAUGAAUUGAAUAACGAUUCGACAUACAAUUACUAUAAUUGCCUAGCAUCAGAAGGAAACACGUCUUACUUGAAUGUGUCAUGUGAAACCAUUCUUAAUUAUAGCAUUCCGUUGUAUGGAUAUUGUAUACCCUUACUUUUGCUGGUUACCCUCACAGCAAAUUCUUUAAUAAUUAUUAUCCUCAAUAAAAGAAGCAUGGCGUCACCAACAAAUUGUAUUCUUAUGGCAAUGGCUCUUUGUGAUAUGUUUACCCUUCUUUUUCCGGCACCUGGUUUGAUAUACAUGUAUACAUUUGGAAACCAUUACAAACCAUUGUCACCUUUAAUAGCGUGCUACGUUUGGAAUGCCCUGAAUGAGAUUCUACCUGCAAUGUGUCAUACUGCAUCAGUAUGGCUUACAUUAGCUUUAGCUUUGCAAAGAUACAUAUACGUUUGCCAUGCACCUGCCCGAAAUUGGUGUACUAUUCCUAGAGUAAAAAAAUGCAUUGCUUAUAUCUGUGCUACUGCUUUUUUACACCAAAGCAGUAGAUUUUUUGACAAGUCUUAUACUCUAAUAACAAUAAUGUGGAAUGGCCAAAUGACAAACGUAUGUCAUGUUGAAACAGCAAAUUGGAUACACAAAUACACCAGCGAAGAUUUUUAUUACACAUUCUAUUUUUCCUUUCGUAUUUUAUUUGUCCAUUUAACACCCUGUGCCAGUCUCGUAGCUCUAAAUGUUUUCCUUUUUAGGGCCAUGAAACAAGCUCAAAAGAAGAGAGAACGGCUUUUUAAGGACAACAAGAAACGUGAAUGUAAACGGAUCCGCGAUUCUAACUGUACUACUCUUAUGUUAAUCGUUGUGGUUACCGUCUUCUUAGUUGUAGAAAUACCACUAGGUGUUAUUACAGCACUUCAUAUUAUAUCAUCUCUUAUUUACGAAUUUCUUGAUUACUAUGUUGCUAACUUGUUUAUUUUGUUCGCUAAUUUUUUUCUAAUAGUCAGUUAUCCAAUAAAUUUUGCGAUUUAUUGCGGAAUGUCGCGUCAAUUUCGUGAGACAUUCAAAGGAAUAUUUGUUCAAUCAGAUUCUCAAAUCAAAAUAACAAAAGAAUAUGGUUCAUCCAAGUAUUCGUUAGUAAAUGGACCGAGAACGUGUACAAAUGAAACUGUGAUUUAACUGUGGUUAGAUAGCAGGUGUACCAGUGUAAAUGAGUACGAAAAACGAGCAAACUUUUAUUAGUGUUUUUUUUUAAUAUUUUGGUCGAUGUAUUUCAUUAAAGUGAAUUCGUUAAUAUAAUAACUAAGGUCUAUAAAUUAUCAUGCAAAUCAAACGUUCAAGGAGACUACCAGCUACUUUCCUAAUCUCGAUCGUAGAGGAACGAUGGUAUCAGUUCCGUAGAUAUAAUGGUUACUUUAAUUUGUGUUUGUUUUUGUUUGUGUUUGUAAUUUGAGUAUCCUGGACAGUUAUGCGUACAAUAUAGCAAGAUGUUGAAAACAAAUCCAAGGAAACCACUAUUUUAUGUAAUUUUGACAAUCGUUCCCGAGUUCGAUCGAGUUUGGAAAAGUAGCUGUACGAUUUUUUCACUAUUUUGCUUAACAAGAUUGUGAAUUAUAAUUAUGUAGGCCAUAAAAAUAACUUCUUUUUUAUUCAGGAGACACGGAACUUCAAAAAAAAUCUGUAACACCUACAAAUUGAAAUACAAAAACAUGUACUGUA